CGGCCGGUCGCAAGUCUCCCCGGUCUCAGCGUCGGUCCGUGCGAAGCAAGACCAGCGGACAUGACCGAUCCACCAGGGGCUCCGCCGCCGGCGCUCGCAAGCCGCGGGUGAAGAAGAAAUCACAUCCCCGCAAGGCCAGGAGCGAGGAGAUGGCCCAGAGCAAGGAGGUGGCCCGGAGAGAGGAGAUCGCCAAGAACGAAGAGGUGGCCCCGAAAGAGGAGGCCGCCCGGAGCGCGGAGAUGACUGGGAGCAGCGAGGACGUGGCCCCGAGCGAGGACGUAGCCCCGAGCGAGGAAAUGGCGGCGACCGGGCUCAACCUGACGGUCACCCACAGCAAUGAGAAGUACGACAUUCAUGUCACCCCACAGCAGGGUGCCCAAGAACCCAUCGUUCAAGACCUGGCCGAGGUUGUUGAAGAGGUUACAGGGGUCCUGCGGCCUUGUCAGAAACUCAUAUUCAAGGGAAAAUCUCUGAAGGAUAUGGAACAACCUUUGUCAGCACUUGGGAUACACAGUGGUUGCCGGGUCAUGCUAAUUGGAAAAAAGAAUUGCCCAGAGGAAGAAGCUGAAUUAAAGAAGUUGAAAGCUUUGGAGAACGCUGUAGAGAAGAUAGCUGGCCAACUGGAAGAGUUGAGUAAAGAUUUUGCUGGAAUCCAGCAGGGCUUUCUGGCCAAGGAUUUGCAGGCUGAAGCACUUUGCAAACUUGACAGGAGAGUGAAGGCAACCAUCGAGCAUUUUAUGAAGACCUUAGAGGAGAUUGACACAUUGAUUCUGCCAGAAGAUUUCAAAGAGAGUCGACUGAAAAGGAAAGGUUUGGUGACAAAGGUUCAGGAGUUCCUAGCCGAGUGUGACACGGUGGAACAGAACAUCGGCCAGGAGAUGGAGCGGCUGCAGUCCACAAACUUAGCCCUGGCGGAGUGAGGUGGGGCGGCGGGGGCUGCGCUGCCCCGAAAAACAGCACGUCACCUGCUCUGCCAUCUCCAGAAUGGAAGUCACCGGCUUUCUCCUGGGCUGCUGGGUAUAAGUGACCAGCUGCCAGUUUUCUUACUCCUAGACCUGUUCUCAAUGAAGAAGUCUUGUCUUUGCAAACUCA